UCAUUGGCUUGAAAUGAGAGGAAAAGCAUGACUUGCAGACCGUCAACAAAAUAAGAGUGUUUAGGCUCGUCAGUGUGUUGUGCCAGCCCGGCGGCGUCUUCCAGCCCGGCCGAGACCGUGGACACCGUCAGCCCAGCCUGCAGCAGCCCCUCGCCCUCUCUCUCCAGGGGCACCAUGACUAUGGCAUACCCGAGCCAGCCUCCCCCGCGGGGGAGACCGCCCCCUAACCCGGCACAGAUACAGAAGCUGCUGGAUGAGAACUCACAACUGAUCAAGACCAUAACAGAGUACCAGAGUCAAGGAAAACCACAGGAAUGCUUUCAGUACCAGCAGUCUCUUCACCGCAACCUGAUGUAUUUGGCAUCAAUGGCAGACACCUCACAGAACAUGGCUCAGUUUCUUCCGCCUCCACAGAUGCCUGGGCAGCAGGGACAGAGUGGGGAGGGUUCCCAGGGUGGUCCUCCUAGUCAGGGAGCUCCAGGUCCCCACCCUCCACCAGGUGCAUAUCCAGGACAGCAGCCUGCACCAUACAGACCUGCAGGACCACCAGGACCUCCAGGUAUGAGUGGAGGACCACCAGGCCCUGGAGUGCCUGGGUUCAGGAUGCCAUAUGGCCAGAUUCCUCAUUCGCAGGGGCCUUACCCACAGCCCUAUCCUCCACAAGGCCAGCAGUAUGGGCAGAGUGGCUAUCCUCCAGGUUCAACUGGACCACAGACUUACCCAGGCAGCUCCUCCACACCUCCUGCACCAGGCGCUAAAGGAUAUGGCACUCCACCACCACCCUCUUCCACACCAGGUUAUCCUCAGUGCCCCCCAGGACCUCUGAGUUCACAGGCUCAGGGGCCUCCACCACCUGUCAGUCAACCAGACUUCAGCCAGGCCUCGCAGCAGUAUCCUGGCACCCCACCAACCUUCACAUCCACCACCCCAGUCCCUGUCCCCACAUCAACUCCUUGCACUUACUCCACCCCAACCUCUCAGUACCCAGGAGGUGGAGCAACUUCUCAACCCUACCAAAUGCCACCCUCAUCUGGUCCUCCAACUUCAUCUACAGCCACAAUGUCAGGUCCCCCUCCACACUCCACCUCCACUCCUCCUAUAUCAUCAGUCCCAGGAGGACCACCUCCCAUGACCACUUCAACAGCACCCUCUGUUUCGCCAGCCAUGUACGCUGGAGGGCAUUCUCGGCCGCCUACACCACAGCAGCCCCAGGCACCUCCAACAUCAGCCCCACACCCUGCUUCUCAGCCUCCACCACAGUCUCAACCCCAGCCUCCAUCCCAGCCCCAGCCACAACCCCAGCCCCAGCCUCAGCCCCAGCCUCAGUCCCAGCCCCAGCCCCAGCCCCAGCCUCAGCCCCAGCCUCCAUCCCAGCCCCAGCCUCCAUCCCAACCCCAGCCUCCAUCUCAGCCUCAGCCUCCAACUCAACCCCAACCACAACCUCAACCACAGCCCCAACCUCAGCCUCAGCCUCAGCAGCCACAGUCCCAGCCCCAGCCCCCACCACAGGCACAACCCCAGCCACCACCCCAGGCACAGCCCCAACCCCCACCACAGGCCCAGCCCCCAUCCCAGCCUCAGCCUCAGCCCCAGGCCCAGCCACCACCCCAGCCCCAACCUCCACCUCAGCCUCAGCCACCACAGUCACAGCCCCAACCUCAGCCACAGCCUCAGCCCCCAUCUCAGCCCCAGCCACAGCCGCCCCAGCAGCCACCCCAGCAGACCAGUUCGCCCAACCCCCCACCGACACCAUCCGUCCCCUCAUCCACACCUCCAACCUCUCAGAGUUAUCCAGGCACUCCACCACCUGUUUCCCAGCCUGGACCCCCCACCCAGGCUCCUCCUCCACCCCAACAGGCACCCACCCCUUACCCCCCCACCUCACAGCAAUACCCAGUCACCGGAGCCCAAGGGUACCAUCAGCCAUAUCCACCAAGUCAGUACCCACCAAGUUCCCAAGGGGGUUACCCUCCUCCCGGUCAGUACCCAGGAGGACAGCCUUAUCCUCAGCCAUAUGGCUCAUAUCCUCCACCCCCUGGAAGCCAUCCUGGGUAUGGAGCACCAAUACCCAAUGCUCAGCCUGGCUAUCAACACCCAUCAGGCCCUGCCUAUGGGCAGGGUUACCCUCCUCCCCCCGGGAGUCAGUAUGGGCAGUACAGGCCAUCGCCAGGCCAGGGUCCACCCCAAGGGCAGUACCCAGGAUACGACCAGAGUCGUUAUCCCAGCUACCAGCCCCCACCACCUCCUUCUGGACCUCCCUCUGCUCCUCACUAAGCCAUCUUGGUCUUGUAAAUAUUGACUGCAAGAAGUAAUUUAUUACACAUUCUUUUUAUAUGGAAUGAUUUACGUUUACCAUGUUUAAAAAUGCACAAACUGUAGUAGUGCUGAAUAAGUGCUAGAUUUGAUAUCUUUGUAAUCUUUUCAUCAACUAAGACACAGUUAUGUAAUUGUAUAUGAAAUUAAGGCAUUCUUGUGAGUGAAGCAUUAAGUGACAUUAUCAGUUGAUCAUGUGAUACAAACAUUUAUAAAUGUUACAUGACUUCCAUGUUAUAUUAUUUUGAAAAUGUCAUUAUAAAUAUUGAUCUUUGAAAGUUGAACUUGAGCACAGAGGAAAAAAAAAAAAGUGACUUCAGGAAGAUGCAGUGUUUAAGGCUGUGCUCAGAAAGUCACUCCAUGGUGCUGUCUUUUGAAAAAAGAAGCAUGUCCUGAUUAAGAAGUUUUGGGCUGUCAGCAUCUGUUUUAAGAUUGAGAGCAGCUGGUGGUGUUGCACAGCAGGCAUCACUGUCUUGUACCAUACUUGAUGGCCUCACAAGACUCUGUUUGCAGUAUUUUCUUCAUUGUGACUUAUUUAUUUAACUUAAUUUCAAUAAUUCUCCUUUAUUAUCUUCCUGAAUGUUCCCCAACUGCCCCUUGUAUGGGACAGUGCUACCUGUACUAAAGAGUCACAUGUUAGAUUAUGUGUUAUUUUUAACUAUACAUAUAAUUAUUUUUUGCUGCAUGAAUUAGAUAAUUGUAGCUAGAUUAAUAUUUCUACUUAAGGGGGAAAUCUUUGACAGUGAAAGCAAUUAUUAAUAAAACAUGUUUACACUAGGGUGAAAAAGAUCUGGAGAAAAAUCUCACACAAAUUUUAAAGUGGAUAGUGACAAUGCUGUCAUUUUAAUGCAUCUUUUAAAUACAAAAUUUUAAAUCAAGUGUUUGGCUCUUUAAAUUUCUAUAUUGCUCAACUAGUCAUGAUUGCUUCAGCAGGAUUAUAAUUGCUUUGUGUCUGUCCUGUGGAAAGGUUAUGGGACCGAGUUCAACUUGAUAGGAAUGUCAGUGUGUCUGUACAAUGUACAGUACAUGUUUAUUUGUCAAUAUACAUGUAAAGUAAGGGAAAUUGUAUAUUUUGAAAGCAGGUGCAAGUAUUUGUAGGAAAAACAAAUGCUUGCAACUAAUUUUAGUGGUGUACCUGUGUUUCAGAAUUUAAGCUUAAAUUUAGAACAUAAAUGAAAAUGCUCCAUGGACAAAAUUAGAAUGAAAACAAAAUUACAUUGUUUAUCAACACUUAAUUCAGCAUAGAAAUAAAUUGUGGUGUAUUUACAUUUGCCACAUAUAGUUAAGUUAGGUUGUGUGCUUUUGUAAAAUGCUAAUACUCGUAGCUUUGUGAAGAUUUGGUAUGUUUGAGCAUUUGUUCAACUACUCACUGUUAUCAAAACAAAAAAGUAGCAGGCUACAAUAAUUUUCAUUGACUCUUGUUAUUGGGAAGAGGACAAGGGACCUCCUGCUCUCGUCUUGUAUUGGGAACACUUCUUUUGAGGACAUGCCGUUGAUUCAUGUGCAGUUCAAUCAAAUAAUUUUUAAGUAAAUUUACCAUUUUGUCAUUUUUACCAUAAUGUAUGCCCUCAGAUUGAAUAUAUUAAUUUUCUUUCUAUUUAAUCUCAGUCUGGGACAGAACCUUUAAUGUUUGUAUGAAGGAAUGUUGAUCUCUAGUGAUGCAGGUUAUGAAUGGCUCUUUCAGAUGGUGUGUUGAUGGUCACCUGCAUGCACACCUGUGUUACACCAGGCCUUGCAGUUAACUAGUGUCCGUGUUCCCCUUGAGCUGCUAACAUAACAGACAUCUGUUGUGUGUUUCUUUAUUGUAUUUUGUUUCACACUUCUUCAUAGUCACUUUACACAAUGCAUCUUGUGAAUAUUGGAAGCACCAGUACAUCUUUAGCUGGUAGCACAGGAAGUGGUUAAAGUGGAUGAGUCAUGCAUCCAUCCUGUUCAAAAUGCCUCUUAAAGAAACCCAAGGAUAUUAAUAGGAGUGAGAAAAAAUCGGUCCUUGACAAAUCCUGCAUCAUAAGAGAUCAAGAAUGUUAGGUAUAUGAGUGACACACAGUGGAAGGGAAAUUCUCACUUUUGUUGAAUUGGAUAAAAGUUUCCUGCCAAGCUUGCGUUACUGCACUGCAUGAGUGAGAAGUGAUAUAGGAUACUGGGAGGUUUUGGAAACCCUUCUGCUCCAAAGGCAAUGAAGGUAUGUGGCUUUCAUCAUUCCUGAGAUUCUCAUAAACAAUUUGAAUCCAUCCUGAUGUAUACGGUUCUCAACUGUCACUGUCUGUCUAGUAUUUGAGUAGACAGGAGUGUGACAUGGCCCAAACCCAUAAUUUUGAUACUGAAAUUUAAUACUUCUCAUUAAGAUUAAUUUUAGCUACCUUCAAAUUUUGAAUUGGAGAACCAUUCUAUCAUAAUGUGCUGUACAGAAAUAGUUUACCAAAAUGGAAUAUGUACAUUAAAAUGCCUGCAAAUAACAUACAACUCAGUGCUGAGUCAC